CACCUCUCCUUUCUUUUUUUACAGUGGUGAAAUUCCACUCCAAAUUCAUUAUCCCCGACAUCGAAGAGAUCGAGGGGACUGCAGCUCUCAACCCUCAACCCCUCACCCAGCAGCCGGCCCAAGAUGAACAGCCGGCUCAGUCCUAGCAGGGGACCAAUGUCCCCCUCCAGUCUGGGGAUCUCAAUAUUGACAUAGAGACUCUGGAGUUUGACAACAUGCUCGGGCAGACCGGGCAUACGUCCGAUUCCGGGCAGUGGAAGAGGCAGAGGAAGAAGUCCAUCAGCCCGUUGGCGCAGUCCUCCGACACCGGAAAAGGCCAGGGUGAGCCCCGAGCUAUGCACGUCGGCCAGAUCGGGCAAGAGUGGGCCACCCGGCUUUUGAAGUCGAAGUCAUAUGAGAAGAGUCGGAUGGAGGUGAUGAUGGUUGUCUGCCAGAAGGAAGCUGAGGCAGCCCGGCUGAAGGCUUCCAAGAUGGAGGAGAAGCUCCUAGAGCAAUCAAAGGCCUUCUGGGUUCUAUACGCCAAGCACAACAGAUUGCUGAAGGCCGCUAAGGAGGCCGAUGACCAGGCUCAGGAGAAGAUCGCAGAGCUGGAGGAGAAGGCCGCCCGGUCGGAGGAGGAUAUCGCCAAGGUGAGGGCAGAGCUGGAGAAAGAGUGAAGCAACCGGGCCUUGCAUGCUGCUACAUGGGCAGCCUAGGAGCCAGAGCAGUUCGUCGCCCAGGCGCUUCCCGAUCGGGAGACCGGAAUUCGGUUCUUCCAAGGGAUCUAUAAGUCUCCCAGGGGAUCAUCGACGAAAUCGGGACCUUUGGCUUUGAGUCUGGGCACUAUCGGGAGCGCUUGGGGCUCUAGGCGGAUCCAAGACUUUGAAUCCAAGGUCUUCUCCCUCCCUGAGCUACAUAUUGAAGAGCCGGUCCCUCCCUUCGAAUAGAUUUGAACUCUAUAC